GAUGCUUUUAAAUCUGUGCGUGGUGUAGCGCAAAUUACGUCAGGAGUGCAUGCCAGAAUAAUAGUUUAAUUUUUAGAAAUUCUUGUUUUCCAAAGGCGAAAAAUGUAACCAGCAAAUAAGAAGUCCUGCCUUUAAUGCAUUACUUACGGAAUAUCAGGUGAAAAUAGGAAUGAGAAGAGCUGCUUAGAUUGACAUUAAUUUCGGUUUAAUAUGCACAAAGCUGUCUGACAGCUGCUGCGAGCUAGCUAUAAUGCUAUCUAGUAUAAGGAUAACAUUACAAGAGAGACAUUCAUUGUAACGUUGUUAUGCGACAUUGUUACUAGCUAGCUAUUCCCUGCAUAGACCAAUCUACAAUGUAACAGGGACUUGUUUUGCUGCUGGUUGUUGGCUACUUUGUUGCAGCAGGCUUUGACAAACAUUCCACUGAUCAAAUAUAAUUCGUAUUUCCUAAGCUCUCUUUGAACAGUGAGGGAGGUUCAAAGAAUACAAAUUCAAUUGACAAACGUUGUUUCAGUUUUAACUAAUGGCAAAGAAAGAAUGUGUUGCACAAUGCAAAAACGAAUCCUCAAUGCUACGAAAUCGGAGAGGCCAGAUGAAUACAGGGGAGCAGUGCCCUGUUUCAACCCAUCAUGAGUCGACCCAGGAGGAGAAUACAGAGGAUGAUAGACUGUCUGAAGGUGACAGCCAAUCCUUAAAUGGGACAUCAGCACAACAUGACCAGGACAUCUACUCUCCAAAUAAUGAGGCACAAAGCACAGUUUACUUUCUGUUGGUGGUGUUGCUCUCUUUUUCCACACGCCUUUACAAAAUCAUGGAACCCCCUCAUGUAUGGUGAGUAAUGGUGCCCCAAGAGAAGUUGUAAGGAUCCCUCAUGAAGUCACCUUGUGUUUAUGUAUAAUCUCAUUGUGUGAUCCUAUCUGUUUUAGCUGGGAUGAAACCCACUUUGGGAAAAUGGGGAGCUACUACAUCAACAGGACCUUCUUCUUUGAUGUCCACCCACCACUUGGAAAAGUAAGAAAAUGCCACUACCUUUUGCAUUCUAAACAUUCUUAGAAUAUCUCUUUCUACAGUCCUCAUUACUUCCAUAACUUGAUAAGUAUCUUGAUUCUUGCUUUGCACAAUGUGUAUGUGUUUAAAAAAAACAAAAAACUUUCCCUCUAUGCCAGAUGCUGAUCGGGCUAGCUGGGUACAUGACUGGCUACGACGGCACCUACCCGUUCCUUAAACCUGGGGACAAAUAUGAGCACCACAACUACUGGGGGAUGAGAGGGGUAAGGCCUACACAAACAGAGAAAGGUUUUUAUAUUGUGUGAGUAAUGUCAUGCCCCACAGUACUAGUUUGACCUGUGAACUUGCUCUGCCUCGCUGCAGUUCUGUGCAUCUCUGGGCUCCUGCCUGCCCCCCUUUGCCUACCUCACAGUGCUGGAGUUGUCCCAGUCCCCAACAGCUGCCCUCAUCACUGCUGCAAUGCUGGCCUUUGGUGAGUAUCUGCCACCAGCACUAACAAAGUAACAAGAGACAGCCUGGGGGAGAGUUUGGUUCUACUUUAGCCAAUUACCUUGCCAAACAGACUUGAGUAUGGACUGGUCAACCAUUCUUUUCAUGUUAUCAAUGUGGUGUUACAGGAUUCUCAGUGAAGUUUAAAAUGUGUAUUGUGUUAGAUCACCCUAAUCGAAAUAACUUGUACCUCGGGCUGUUUCCCUCCCAUUCAGACACUGGCUGCAUCACCAUCUCCCAGUACAUCCUUCUUGACCCCAUCCUCAUGUUCUUUAUAAUGGGAGCAGUGCUCAGCAUGGUCAAGUUCAAUCUACAGAGAUAUAGGUAAGGAACCUCCAGAGCAGAGCAAACCUACAUCUGAAUUGUCAGUCAAGUUAUUAGAAUCAGAUUAAAAGCACUUGUUAUUGACCAACUUCAUACAUACAGUGAUGCUGCUAUGCUCUCUCUUAUGGUGUUCAGGCCCUUUAGCGCACCCUGGUGGUUCUGGCUGGUACUGACAGGGGUAAACCUGUCUGGGGCUCUGGGGGUUAAGUUUGUGGGGCUGUUUGUCAUCCUGCUGGUGGGACUGAACACAGCCUGGGACCUGUGGAGUUUGCUGGGGGACCUGCACCUCUCUCUGGUACUCAUCAAAUUAUUAUGAUUCACCUAUAAUAUUGACAUACCUACACUGACUUACAUUGGAGGCCAACACUGACUCCUGCUCCAUUUCCUUCGUUCUACCAGAUGGAUUUUGGGAAGCACUUGUUGUCCCGGGUGUUUGGGCUUAUCCUGCUUCCUCUGUUCCUGUAUGUUACAAUAUUUGCAGUCCACUUUGUUGUCCUGAACAAAAGGUAAGGUGAUUAUUGGCUGUGCAUUUGUUAUAGUGUGGUUAUUGGAAAGCUUUCAAUUGUUUCUCACCUAAAUAAUAUGUAAUCACAUUUACACAAUGUGUUUCCAUUGUCCCCUGUCUCCAGUGGUCCAGGAGAUGGCUUCUUUAGCUCUGCUUUUCAGUCCCGUCUGAUUGGAAACAACCUACACAAUGCAUCCAUGCCUGAGUGUGAGUUGAUUUAAACAGCAUCUUCUACGUUUUUGUUUUGUUUUUGUCUUUACAAUAGUGGUGCUUUUACAGUAUAUUUCCACUGUAAUGUCCUAAGUAACCCCCAGCUUCUAAUAAUGCUGGUCUGUCCUCCUUGUUCUACUAUUCUACUAUGAUGAUGGUCUGUGCUCUCCUUCCUCCUACAGACCUGGCAUAUGGAUCAAUCAUCACUGUGAAGAACCUACGCAUCGCUGGAGGAUACCUCCACUCUCACUGGCAUCUGUACCCAGAAGGAGUAGGAGCAAAGCAGCAGCAGGUCACAGCAUACCUCCAUAAGGACUAUAACAAUCUGUGGCUGGUGCAAAGACCCAAUGACAGUGAUGGUGAGAGGACAGCCUUGUUGUGCAGUCAGAAUAUGUCACUCAUAAAGGUUAAUUGCAACAGACGUUUUAUACGUAUUAUGAUGUAUUUUGUGUUCUUUUUUUUGUCCAGCACAAUCAGGAGAACCUGACCUUGUUCGUCAUGGUGACAUUAUUCGAUUGGAGCACAAAGAGUAAGUGUCACCCUCCUGGUUUGACAGUGACACCCUCAUCUGUUUGAAAGUUUAUCAUUGUACUGCUCCCAUACAGUACCUGUUUACAUGUUGACUUUACAACAAAUUCUUCAGUGCAAUAAUGGUUGAUUCUCCUGUGUCCACCAGGACUACCCGUAACCUUCACAGUCAUCUCCACGAGGCACCUCUCACUAAGAAACACUUCCAGGUCACAGGAUAUGGCAUCGUGAGUAAGCACAUACAAUGCUUGCACAGUUCUCAGAAGUUAUUGAUAGGUUUCCUGUGAGAGAGGUUUCAUCCUUCAGCCUAAAUGUUGAUCAGUAUCAUUCCUUCCCGGUGCUUUCAGAAUGGAACAGGUGACCCUAAUGACCUGUGGCAGGUGGAGGUGUGUGGGGGUCGGAAGGGCGACCUGGUCAAGGUGUUACGCAGCAAAGUACGCUUCCUGCACCGAGCAACUGGCUGUGUGCUCUACUCCUCCGGCAAGACUCUCCCCAAAUGGUAAGAAAUGGAGGAGUGAUCUAGACUCUUCUAAAGUUCUCUCUUAUAUCUUUAUUUACAAAUGUUAACAUUACCGAUGAUGACCGUAUCAAACUGUGUCUUCUCUGUUCAGGGGCUGGGAACAGGUGGAGGUUACGUGUAGCCCAUAUCUGAAGGAGACCCCAAACUCUCAAUGGAAUAUUGAGGAUCAUAUCAAUACCAAAUGUACAGUUCCAUUCCUGUCUUUUCCCUUUUUUGAAUUGUGUUCCCAUGGCCCACAGCUUGAUAUGUGAUGGUGUUGUGUGUUUACUUAAUACCUAACGGUGUGUGUUUUGAUAGUGCCCAACAUUAGCCUUUCAGUGCUGAAGCCCCACUUCCUGGAGAUAUUGCUGGAGUCCCACAUCGUUAUGAUCAGGGUGAGAGAACAAGAUAACACACAUCUCACUGUGUGCCAAAUUCUCCCACAUACUUAUUGUAUUGAUUACAACUAAACGUGUCUCUUUUUACAGGGUAACAGUGGGUUGAAGCCCAAAGACAAUGAAAUGAACUCUAAACCCUGGCACUGGCCAAUCAACUACCAGGUUUGCAUGUUGAAUACCUCAUGGCUUCAAUGUGGUUGGACAGUCCCAAAAAUGAAAUAGUCACUUAUUACUGUGCCUUUGUUCUGUUUUUGCAAAGGGAUUGAGGUUCUCUGGAGUGAAUGAGACUGAGUACCGUGUCUACCUGUUAGGGAACCCUGUAAGUACCUCUCUCCACUCACUGAGUAUGCUAACACAACACUGCUACAAUAUAGCUAAAUCUACCUCCUCUGCAGGUGAUCUGGUGGCUGAACCUGCUUAGUCUGGGCCUGUAUGUGGUUAUGGUGGCAGCGGCCUCUAUAGCCCUCCGCAGAGGAGUCCAGCUAGACAAGAGAAGAACAGGUAAGAGGAUUUAGAACUUCCCUGUCACUGUCAUGAGUAACUAGUUUGAGUACUUGAUUUGAACACUGAUGUGUAUGUUUGUGUGCAGAGCAUUGUCGCGUGCUGAUGGAAGGUGGAGGGCUGCUGCUCCUGGGCUGGUUGCUGCACUACGUACCCUUCUACACCAUGGGCCGCAUCCUCUACUACCACCACUACUUCCCUGCCAUGCUCUUCAGCAGCAUGCUAACAGGUACAGUGGGCCUACCACAAACACAUGCUCCCCAUAAUGCCCUCGUCAUAUUGAUUGCAUGUUACAGACUCAUCCAGGAGUCAUACAUGAAAUAACAUUGGAGUAGGUCAGGUCCAGUUAUAUUUAUAAAGAUCUUGAAUUGUCUUCUCUAUCUCAGGGAUAACUUUGGACACCCUGCUGCAGAGUGCUGACCUGUGGCUCCGCCCACCCUAUUCUUACUGGCUGCUUAGAGGAGGACUGGCAAUGCUAUUCCUGGCCAUCCUCUAUAGGUGAGAUAACCAUGAGGCCUCUGUUAUAUGCCUUUGAGCUUAAUUAAAUUGUAAAGUUUAAAGUUAAAGUUUUCUGUUAGUGUUAUUGCCUACAGUACUGUAUGUCAUUUGGGCAACAGAUAAUCUACACCCAAAAAUGAAUUUUGAAAUUCGUUGUUCUCUCUUAUCUUCAGCUUACAUGUAUGUUUCUCUCUAUGCCUUUCUAACCCAUGCAGCUUUUACAUGUUUCACCCUCUGUCCUAUGGUAUGAGAGGGCCGCUGGCCCAUGACCCUGCUAGUACCAUGGCUGGCCUGAAGUGGAUGGACUCCUGGGAGUUUUAGUCAGUUGAACAGUCAGGAAGAGUUCUGACUGACAGUGAUAUAUAUCAGUGGUUUUAUUUUUAUCAGUGGUGUUUUAGCAGACAUGCAAGUGUCUAUUUCUUACACACUACGUGAACUUCAGAAAUUACAGUAUUUUUCAUAAUGUGCAUAGCUAUGGAUUGUUAAAUAUUUAACAUGAAAGUAUUUUAUUAGUCAGUUUUAUGUCCAGAUAUUUCAAAGUGUUUUAAUUCAACAUUGAAAACUGAAUAUUUGAGUGACUUUCUACACUUGAAUUGCGCAGCAGUGUGUUGUGAAACGAUAUUAAGACCAGAAUAUACUGUUCACAAUCAUAGCCUACUAUUUUGGUGUUGGGAGAUAAAAACUUGAUAAAUACAUUGUGCUUUAGGUGGAUGUUGAAAUGUAAUGAAUUAUGUGUUUAUUUAAUUGAGACUGUUAGUGACGGCUAAUGAUGUCUACUGAACUGCCUUAACAUGCGUUUAGUUUUUUCUUGACUGAGUUGCAAUAAUGAGCUAAGUGCCUAGGGACUAAAUCCAUUUAAAAUACUUUUGAGAAUCUAAUAUUCUAAUUAAAUGUUUUAUGAUAUGAAUGAAUUAACCUGUUUCCGUUAUUAUAAUAUCAAAUUUCCUUUUUCUUUGUUUAUCUUGCAAAGUUUGCUCGUUCUUACAUUGUGCACAGUAUUGUAUAAAUCUUUGGCAAGAUACAGUGCUUUCAAUGACUGUCAGUUCUGCAUUUUGCUUUCUCAAAGAAAGGGAUCUGUUACUUUUCAAUACAACUCUCCAAAACAACCU